AUCGCCGUCGGCAUCUCCGGCGGCGUCGACUCCGCGGUCACCGCGUGGAUCCUGAAGAGAGCCGGGUACGACGUCGUCGGCGUGCUGAUGCGAAACUGGGACGAAGCCGAGGAGACGGGCGGCGAGUGCGCGUUCGAGAAGGACCAACGCGACGCCGCAGCGGUCGCGAGAUCGGUCGGGAUCGAGCUGAGAGAGGUCGACUUCGUGAAGGAGUACUGGCACGCGGUGUUCCAGCCGUUCUUGAGGGACUUCGACGGCGGCGCGUCGACGCCGAACCCGGACCUCGCGUGCAACCGGCACAUCAAAUUCGGUUCGCUCCUGAAGCACUGCCUCCUCGACGUGAAGGCGGACGUCCUGUGCACGGGGCACUACGCGAAAAUCGUGCGCGGUCCAAACGGAGUCUUCUGCCUGCACACUGCGGAGGACAAGGAGAAGGACCAGUCGUACUUUCUCGCGUCCGUGAAGCAAGAGGCGUUGAGAAACGCGUGCUUUCCCUUGGGGUGGCUGACGAAGACGGAAGUCAGGGCGAUCGCGGCGGGGCCCGCGAAGCUGCCGUCCGCGGUGACGUCGCGACGAAGCAGCCGGGGGAUCUGCUUCAUCGGACGAAAGAAAAACUUCGGAGAGUUCGUGCACGAGUACCUGCCCGAGGAAGGGAGAACGUCCGAGGCGAGCGCGACCGAUUCGGACGCGGCGUCGGGCGCGUUCGUCUCCGUCGUCGACGGCGCCGUCGUCGGCGCGCACAAAGGUCUCGCGCGUUACACGUGCGGCCAGGGCGCGCGCGUCGGCGGCGCGUCGGCGCCGUGGUUCGUCGUCGGGAAGGACUCUCGCGCGGGGGUGACCAACGUGUACGUCGCCCCCGGGUCGGAUCACCCGGCGUUGUUCGUCGCGACCGCCGCCGUGGCGCGGUGCUUCUGGGUCGAGGGGAAGUUGCCG